AUGAAGAUAAAAUUACAGAAGGAUUAUAUCUCCAAAGAAGACAUGAUUAAAGCUUAUAUGGAAGAAUUGAAACAAGAAUUAAAAAGGAAUUUGGCAGAUGAUAGAUCAGAUGUGUCAAUGACAACAGCAACAUCAAAUGAGGAUUGCUUAGCUGGAGAAUCACAAGACCCAGAAGAAUACAAUGAAGAUGAUAUGAUAGAAGAACGUUUCAACAAACUAGUUGAAGAAUUGAGAGAGGAGACAAAGGGGGACAUCAUCCUCAAGCAAAGUCAGAAAAGCAACUUAAAAUUCAAUUUAAGGCCAUGUGAAAGAGCUGUAAGGGCGUUGAUCUCAAUUUAUUUAUACUUAAUCAUGUUGACGGACUUAAUUAUUAUUCUAUGCCCCUCAACUCACACCAUUUUGCUCAUGUGUACAGAGUUUCACAGCCAUUUCGUAACCUGCAGAAGUGGAAGACAAAGUCGGCAGUUGCAGGCAAGUAUUAAUCGAUUUGAAGAAUUGUGGACUAAAUUUGAUGAAUGUAGAGAUAUAAUUGAGGAGAAUUGGUACAUAGGGGGAGAUGUAAAUGCUGAACAAUUUAAGAUGAAGAUUAAAAACACUAUGAUGGCGUUGAAGAAGUGGGGGAAAUUGAAAUUUGGUAAUUUGAGGAAGAAAAUUAAUGAUUUUAAUCAGAGACUUGUAGAGAUUCAGGGUAAUCCUGCAUACACAUGGGAUGAGGAGGCAAAGUUGAAAAAAGAACUGGAACUUUUAUUAGAGCAAGAAGAAGUAUAUUGGAAACAACGUUCAAGAAUUAGCUGGCUCCAAGGAGGUGAUCGAAAUACUUCGUACUUUCAUAACAAGGCAAGUCAUCGGAAAACAAAGAAUUUCAUUAGAAGACUGCAAGCAGAAUCAGGAGAAUGGAUAGAGGAUGAGGAGAAAUUACAUAUGCACAUAAUUGGUCAUUUUGCUGGAUUGUUCACUGAGAGAGCUGAUUACCAAGAUGAUAUUUCUAACUUAGUGGAAAGUCAUAUUCCAAGGUACAUGAUUGAAGAGCUGGAGGACAAGUUCACAGAAGAGGAGAUAAUAAAGGUGAUUAAAGACAUGAGACCUUGGAAAGCACCAGGGCCCGAUGGAGUGCAUGCUGGCUUUUACCAGAUAUAUUGGAGCAUUGUCGGUGAUGAUGUGAAAAAGCUAGCUCUAGAUAUUUUAGAUGGAGAUGGGGAUAUUCAGGCCCUAAACCAUACUUAUAUAGUUUUAAUACCUAAAGUGCUGAACCCACCAAAGUAA